AUGGCGCCGAAAAAGAGCACCCCUGCCGCUGCUGCAGCUUCCAUUGCCAAUAGACCCAGGCCGACGAGGGCUGCUGCGAAAAAAGUUGCGGCUUCUGUCCCUGCUGCUGCUCCUGCUGCCACCACAAGCAAGGUCAACGGCAAGAAGCGCGCUGCUGCUGCUGACCACCACGUCGACUCGGCUCCUGCUAAGAAGACCGCCAAGGCACGCACCAAGAAGGUUGCCACCGAGCAGGCUGACGACGACGAGGAGCAGGAAGAUGCAGGAGAUGUCAACGAGCGCGAGAUCAUCGCCUCGCUCUCUGACGUUUCCGCUGACUCUUCCGACGACGACGCCUCGGACAUCGAACAAGAAGAGGCCAAUUCCUCGGACGAAGACGACGAAGAUGACCGCCUGGCAACACAGCCCCGCUCAUCGCUCGCCUCCAUCAAGCUGCCCAAUUCCAAGGACGACGCUGUCGUCCGCGCACGUCUGGACAAACUGCGCAAAUCCAAGACCGCCUCUUCCUCUAGCACUACCCCCGGUGUGCUGUACAUCGGACGCUUGCCAAAAGGAUUCUUCGAGAAGCAGCUCAAGGAGUACUUUACCCAGUUCGGCGAUGUCACCCGACUGCGCGUCUCGCGCAACAAGAAGACGGGCGCUUCGAAGCACUAUGCAUUCAUCGAAUUCGCCGACAAGGACGUGGCGAGCAUCGUCCAGGAGACCAUGCACAACUACCUGAUCGACGGAAGGCUGUUGCAGGUCAAGGAAGUGCCGAGGGACAAGGUUCACCCGGAGCUGUGGGUGGGUGCCAACAGGAAAUUUGCAAAGGUGCCAGGCGCUAGGUUGGAGAGAGUCGUGCGAAGCAGGGCCAAGACCGACGAGGAGCAGAAGAGGACGAACGACAGGGCCAUCAAGAGACAGGACGAUCGCAGGGCGAAACUGGCAAAGCUGGGGAUCGAGUACGAGUUCGAAGGGUACACGCAGGAUGGAGGUGCUGAGAAGAAGGCAAAAGCAAAGGCGACGACCACGACCACGACCGCGUCCGACGGCAAGGCGGCGAAAUCUACACCGGUCAAGGCGGCAAAGUCGAAGACGGCCAAGGCUUGA